AUGGUCAACGCCACCUUGUUCUUCAACAUCGCCAUGGACGGCGAGCCCUUGGGCUGUGUCUCCUUUGAGCUGUUUGCAGACAAAUUUCCCAAAACAGCAGAGAACUUUCAUGCUCUGAGCACCAGGGAGAAGGGAUUUGGUUUCAAAGCUUCCUGCUGUCACAGGAUUAUUCUGGGAUUUAUGUGCCAGGGUGGUGACGUCACACGCCAUAAUGGCACUGGCGGCCAGUCCAUCUAUGGGGAGAAAUUGAUGAUGAGAAUUUCAUCCCGAAGCACACAGCUCCUGGCAUCCUGUCCGUGGCAAAUGCUGGACCCAACACGAACGGAUCCAUCUUUCAUGCGCACCGCCAAGUCCGAGUGGUUGGACGGCAAGCACAUCGUGUUUGGCAAUGUGACCGAGGGCAUGAACGUCGUGGAAGCCAUGAGUGCUUUGGGUCCAGGAGCUGCAAGAAGAUGA